UCGGUCAAUAAAUGUGCCUUAUUUCCGGUUGCGAAAUUAAGAACAAAAAUAAACAAUACUUACUGAUUUCUUCCAGCUUAUUGAAUUUACAACAUACGUUCCACACAUAAGUUAAAUUGAUACCUCAGGAUUUCCAGAGCAAGCAGCAAUGGGCUUCAAACUUCAGAACAAUGGAGCCAGUGGAAGUGACCUAAGUUAUAUGCUGAAAUGUAACUUCAUGGAGCUUUAAUGAGAAAAGUAGAUACAAUGUAGUGGGUAUAAAUAAUAACUCUUAAAAAUUAUUCAAUUGGAAAUAUAACAAAUGGGGUGGACUAUUACAAUAGCUUUUUUGGUGGUGCUGUUGAGUAAGCCAGUCCACUCAGAUGCAAAGCAGGACUGGUUGCAGAUUUGUAACAUGUCCCUCCCUACACAAACUUUGAGGACAGAAUUCACCACAUCUGUUGUAGACCAUGAGUACCUGGUUUUGUUUUCUGGAUACUACGACCAUGAUACUCGACUACGCUACCUCCAGUCAGCCCUUCAUGGGGUCCCAGCACGGGCAUGGUCCGUUGUGGAGAGGGACAACCCAGCAGCACUCUAUCCUAGCGACUUUGAUCUCAUUCAGAUGACUGAACGGACACUGCCAGAUCUGAGCAUCCUUAAAAGGCACCCUGCUAUCAGAGACGUGGUGCCUCAUAGGAAGGUGGUGCGCACACUGAAGUACUUGCACGAUGAAGAAGAUUACAAACCCUAUGAAACUCUAGAAUCCAUGAGUAAAUCAAGAAACAGGAAAAGUCUUUCAUUGGCUGCAGCCUACUGGCAUUCGCCUUCAAGAAGGGGACGUAACCUACUGAGGGCCAUACCAAAACAGAUUACCAGUGCACUGCAGGCAGAGAUUCUGUGGAACAUGGGCUUUACAGGUGUGGGUGUGCGAGUUGCAGUGUUUGAUACAGGACUGGCCGAGGAUCAUCCACAUUUCAAGCCUGGGCGAAUCAAGGACAGAACAAACUGGACCCAUGAAAAAACUCUAGAUGAUGGACUGGGUCACGGUACGUUUGUGGCGGGUGUGAUUGCCAGUCACAAGGAAUGUCUGGGCUUUGCUCCAGAUGCUGACAUAUAUGUCUUCAGAGUUUUUACAAACAACCAGGUCUCCUACACGUCAUGGUUCCUGGAUGCUUUCAACUACGCAAUCAUGAAGAAAAUCAAUGUUCUAAACCUGAGCAUUGGGGGGCCAGAUUUCAUGGACCAUCCAUUUGUAGACAAGGUGUGGGAGCUGACUGCGAAUAAUGUCAUAUUGGUGUCAGCCAUUGGCAAUGACGGACCUUUGUAUGGGACGCUUAACAAUCCGGCUGACCAGAUGGACGUGAUCGGUGUGGGAGGCAUCAACUUUGACAACCAGAUUGCCAAGUUCUCCUCUAGAGGGAUGACCACAUGGGAGCUGCCUGGGGGAUACGGGAGGGUGAAGCCUGACAUUGUGACGUAUGGCUCUACAGUUCGUGGGUCAGCCCUAAAGGGUGGCUGCAGAUCCCUGUCUGGUACCAGUGUGGCAUCUCCCGUUGUUGCAGGGGCAGUAACUCUGCUCUACAGCUCAGUUCUGGAUCGGGAGGGUGUGAUCAACCCUGCCAGUAUGAAGCAGGCCCUGAUAGCAUCUGCCAGACGCCUGCCAGACACUGCAGUGAACAUGUUCGAACAGGGUCACGGGAAGCUGGACCUUCUGAGGGCCUACCAGACCCUGCGAACCUACAAGCCACAGGCUAGUCUGAGUCCUAGCUAUGUGGACCUGACAGAGUGUCCCUACAUGUGGCCCUACUGCUCCCAGCCUUUAUACCAUGGGGCCAUGCCCAUAAUUGUCAACGUGACCAUACUCAAUGGCAUGGGAGUCACUGGGAAAAUUGUGGAUAAGCCUGUGUGGGAGCCAUACGGACCUCACAACGGUGACUACAUUGAUGUCUCCUUCUCCUACUCCCAGACCCUGUGGCCGUGGUCUGGCUACCUAGCCGUGUGGAUUGCAGUCAACAAGAAUGCUGCACGCUGGGAAGGACAAGCGCAGGGGCACGUCACUCUGACUGUUCAGUCGCCUGCUCAGGGAGAGGAAACGGAACCCCGAGUCUCCCAUUUGAAGCUGCCAAUCCGGGUCAAGAUCAUACCCACACCACCCCGAAGUCAGCGUAUAUUAUGGGACCAGUACCACAACCUGCGCUACCCUCCUGGAUACUUCCCCAGGGACAAUCUGCGCAUGAAAAAUGACCCUCUGGAUUGGAACGGUGAUCACAUUCACACCAACUUCAAAGACAUGUAUCAACACUUGAGAUCAGCUGGAUACUUUGUUGAAGUGCUUGGUUCUCCUUUCACAUGCUUUGAUGCAAGUGAUUACAGCACCUUGCUGAUCGUGGACCCUGAGGAGGAAUAUUUCCCAGAGGAGGUGAGCAAACUGCGUCGUGAUGUCGACCAGGGUCUCUCUGUCAUUGUCGUUGCUGACUGGUACAACACCACAGUGAUGAAGAAGGUCAAGUUCUACGAUGAAAACACCAGACAAUGGUGGAUGCCAGACACAGGUGGGGCCAACAUUCCUGCUGUCAAUGAUCUCCUCUUACCACUUGGGAUGGCAUUCAGUGACCGCGUCAUUGAGGGCGACUUCAUGCUCAAUGACCAUGAAAUAAACUAUGCCUCAGGGACAAGUAUAGCGAAGUUUCCUCAGGAUGGAAUCCUAGUGACCAGGACUCUCAAAGAUCAGGGACAUGAGGUGGUGAACGGUGACUCCAAGCCUGCGCCCAACGUGGCUGUGCUGGGUCUGUACCAGACGUCCAUGCCAGGGCUGGGCGGGGGUCGAGUGGCGCUGUAUGGGGACUCGAACUGUCUGGACAACAGCCACAUGAAAAAAGACUGCUUCUGGUUACUGAGUGCCCUACUCGAGUACACAUCACACAGUCACCUUAUCCCAGCCUUUACCAACCUGGAACCAGUCACACUCCCCCCGGCGGAGGAACUUCCUGUCCGCAUGGAAGGAAAUCACCUUCAUCGCUACUCCAAGGUCAUUGAAGGUCACAUGGGUACAGCGAGGUCGCGGCCGCUGCCCCCGUGCCCUAAAUUGGUGUGGGCAAAACCAAACCAUCUCAAUGUUACAGCAGCCUCCAACCUGUACCAACCCCAGAAGCUGUUGUCUGUGAACACCUUUGAUGUCUAUCACGUACCUCUCCCGAUCGGCAAAGGAGAUCUACCAGACAUUGAAGCAGAAGUUAAACACGUACCAGAAGAUACAGACACAGGACUUCCGCACAAGACUGAACGUGCCAGCGUGUUCCCAGCGCUUGCUUUCCUCGGUGCAGCUCUCGUGCUGCUAUUUAUGCUCAAUCAACUUUACAAAAAACGUACAAAGCCUAAACGAAAGCGGCCUCGAUUAAAGAAUUACAGCCGCCUGGUGCAGGGUCCGUCUGUUUGAACCCUUAAAGAAUGUUAGUGUGUGUUCAUUUUUGAGCUCAAGUCAGGUUGGAGUAAAUGUGAAUGGUUUCGAAUUCCAAGAGUAUAAGUAUUUGGACAGUUGUUUUAACAGUGUCAUUCACCUUUUUUAUGAGGUCCAUUUUGUGUGUGAAUUGUGUCAGUGUAUUAAUAUGCAAUUUUCAUUUGCUAUAAAUUAUAAAAAUGGUAUGAAGGCCAUUAGGCAUAUCUGCAGUGAAAGUACACUUGUCUUGCUAAGCGUACAAACAACCGUGAAAUGCCAACAUUUGGGAGGAUGAAUGGAUUCCUUAAGGUUAAGAAGGACUUUAAACACAUUUAUGUAACAUUUAAGCAAGUAUGAAAACAUAAUGUGUGUGACAUGGGGGAAAAAACUGUGAAUGGAAAGAUUUACAUGUGUUACUGUGUAGUGUGCAUAUGAAGUUUAAGACAUCUGUGUUUGACCUUGUUAGCCAAGAGUUUGAAUUUUAUACAGCUUUUUAUCCCAAUCAAUCAUGUUUGUGACGCCAUAGUAAGCAGCCCAAUAGAUCUUCAUGAUUGUGUUAUAUGAUUGGUUUGAAAAUGUGAAAUGAAUAGGUGUUACAACAAGUCAUUUCAGAUUAUAAUGGUGUAUUGUAACCCUUUGGCGCUGGGGCCUUCAGGUCAGGUGUUACACUGGGCUGUUUGAGGCUUAUGAAAGCUUCGAUAUAUGAGAAAGAAAUCAGCGGGCUUUGUUGUUGUUGUUGUUUGUAUGUGCAGGUACCUGUGAAAACAGCAGCUUAAAGUGACACAGCGUGACAAGAUUCUUUGUUUUAUAAUUGAUGAUAUAGCAGUUAUCAAUUGUUAUCUGUUUUAACUUUUAGUUUUUGAGUUUUCAGAGAAAGCCAUAUUUUUGCAGUGAAAAAGGAAAGUUUUUUUAAUCACAAGUGGAUUUAAAUCAACAAGGUACAGGAACUGACAAUUUUAAUGCCCCCCCCCCCAUAGGGUCUGUCAGGCAUUCCGUUUUCGGAAGUUUUUUUAGGCAAUGGUUUCAGAUAUUGAGCUGAUUUCUGCUAUGUGAGUGUGACUACAUGACCUACAGAUGAAGUUUUUAUUAUGCUCCCCCAAAAAUUUUUGGAGGGAGCAUAUAGUCGCCGCUUCGUCUGUCCGUCCGUCCGUCCGUGCACAAUUUUUGUCCGGCUUUUUCUCAGCAAUUAAUGACUGAAUGAUUUUUCACAGAGUUAUGGCCCUUUGAAAUUUUCUAAAAAAAAAUUCUUGUCCCCCAAACUGCUGUGCCCUCAAGACCUUUUAUCUGAAUAUAUAGUGCAAUAUUGUGAAAAAAAACACCUUUGCCGAGCAUCACCCGUCUUUGACAGUUUCUUGUUUUUUUAUUGUUUGUAAACAUUUUUAAGGUGUAAUGGAGAAUUUUGCUUGAUAAUUACGCAUUGACAACAUGACGUCCUUUCGCAAUGCAAAUUAUUGAUAAUUUGCAAUGUUCUUAUUUACAAUUUGUUACAGCUACUUGUUUAAUAUCAAAGAUAUUUUCCAAUAAAUUAAAGAAAGCAUACAUGAUGAAGUGCUUUUAAACUGAAUCAUGUUGACAGUUUGAGAAAUGUUCUGGAAUACUAGCGAAUAUGUUAAUCAUUCCAAUACUAAUGAUUUUUGUCUCAUGGUGAUUUUCUUAUUUUAUUUUGUAGGGCUUUCAAUUUGUCUUUUCUCUUGAAAUGUAAUUAUGUGUUUGGUUAUUUAUGCAAAGUGCUUGUUGUAGUGUAUAUUAAAGAUGGAACUCACUA